AUAACGCUUAUCAGCAUUUGCUGUUGCCAUGCUGUUAAAUUGUAAUCCGUGACUGACACUGUUGUGUUCGUAACGAAAAUGUGUUCCAACGUGAACGAUCUAACUGUAUUAAUUUAAUGAUUAAUCUAGCUUAUCCAUCAGCGCUCCCUGUCAAUAUCAGUUCCUCCGUGUCAAUAUUAGGGGAACUAAGAAUAAAACAAUUAUCUGGCUUAAUAAAAUAAUACAACAUUAGCAUGGCAUUGGCGACAAUACCGCUGGCAUUCAUUGGCAACUUGUUUGCCGUAAUUUUCGCGUAUAUCAUCGGGGGAAUUUGUGGCAUUGGCGUAAUGAUCCAAUUAGCGUAUGAAUCCUGUUUCGCAGUUCCUCGGCGCGUGCGCGACGUCAAACCGAAAAUUCUUGAUCAACUGGAUUUUGAGCACGGAUUCCUGAGAGUUCCUACGUACCAUGGUUUUAAAAACGAGAGUGAGCCGCUACGGGAUAGCGAAAUCCGGCUGCAUUAUGUCGCAGCUGGUGAACCCGGUCGACCGCUCAUGUUAUUCAUCCACGGAUUCCCAGAUCUGUGGUUCGGCUGGCGUCACCAGCUACAGCAUUUCCGGUCCCAUUUUCGUGUGGUAGCUAUUGAUAAUCGCGGUUACGGAGAAUCGGAUAAACCAACCGAUCGGCGCGCUUAUACACUGCCGCUGUUGGUGCGAGAUGUGCGCAGUGUCAUCCAGCAAAUGGGCUAUGAAAAGUGCAUCCUGGUGGGGCAUGACUGGGGCGGUUUAAUAUCCUGGACUUUUGCGGCGGUCUUCCCGGAAAUGGUGGAUCUUCUGAUUGUCAUGAACUGUCCUCAUCCGCUCGCAUUUAGCAGGAUGCCCUUCGGCGACCUAAUUCGACAAUUUUUUAAAAGCUGGUAUAUAUUUUUCUUCCAACUUCCAUAUCUCCCGGAACGCAUGUUCCUCAGCAACGAUCUGUACCGCGUAGAAGCCAUGUUGACCCAACCACCGCUGUGUCGUACGCCGAGCGCCGUUACCCCGAAGAAGUGGAAGUAUACAAGUAUUAUCUGGGGAAAGACGGUGCUCUGCGGCCGCUCCUCAAUUACUACCGCAACCUGAUCCGCGUCUUCCCGCCACCCAUGCCCUCGUUGAUGGGUAUCCGGCCGCCGGUACACCUACUGCAUGGGACCGGGGAUCCGGCGCUGAGUGUCAGUGCCGCCGAAAGGUCACGGGAAUGUGUGGCGGGGACCUUCCAGCUGCGGCUGCUGGAUGGUUACGGCCACUGGAUUAACCAGGAAGCACCAUUCGGUGUCCACAUGUCGAUGGAGGAGUUUAUGAGUCAAGCCGGAUUCAUAACGCCUUUGCUCUCGAGAUAGCGUUAAAAAUAUCUUAUUUUUACCGACUGCUGUUUUUUUCCAAAAUUUUAUACGCACUAGUCGUUGUGAAUGAUACUGGUAUUACUAAUACCAUAAUUAUUACAGACUUCAAAAUUAAUUUACAGCUUUAACUAAUCUAAUUACGAGGAGGAAACAA